AGCGAGCGCCUCCACGAGAAAGUCGUGCUUGUGGUGGGCCGUAUAUAUACUUCGCAGGAUGAAUUCUAGGCUAACAAAACCUUGUUCGUACUACCGACCGACGCACCACCUACCAUGAGGGUGUUGCUGGUUCUAGGUGCCGUGUGCGUGUGCGCAGUUCUAGCUGCCGAGCCCGAGAAGAAAGAAGAAACGAAAGCGGCCGAGCCCGAGCAGGAGAGCAAGAAACAAGACAAGCGCGGCAUCCACGGGUUCCACGACGGGGGAUUCGAAGGAGGUCACGACUUCGGCGGCGGAGACUUUGGAGGACAUCACGAUUUCGGAGGACACGAUCACCAUCACCAUCAUGAACACGUCAAAACUGUCGUGAUCGAAAAGAAAGUGCCAACACCCUACGAGGUGAUCAAGCACGUCCCCUACACCGUUGAGAAGAAAGUACCUUACGAAGUUAAAGUACCAGUCCCUCAACCCUACACCGUAGAAAAGAAAAUCCCAGUACCUGUAAAGGAGUACGUGAAAGUACCCUACAUUGUUCCUCAACCAUACGAAGUGAUCAAGAAGGUGCCUUAUGAGGUAAAAGUGCCAGUACCAAGGCCGUACGAAGUAAAAGUACCAGUACCCCAGCCCUACACUGUUGAAAAGAAAGUACCAGUGCCCGUCAAGGUUCCCGUGCCACAACCCUACACUGUCUACAAGAAAGUGCCGUACCCAGUGAAGGUUGAGAUUCCAGUCCCACAACCCUACACCGUUGAGAAAAAGGUGCCCUAUGAGGUCAAGGUCCCAGUCGACAGGCCAUACCCAGUCCACGUACCCAAACCCUACCCAGUCACCGUUGAAAAACACGUCCCAUAUCCAGUAGAGAAACCCGUCCCAUACGAAGUGAAAAUACCCAUCGACAAACCUUACCCCGUCCAUGUUCCCAAGCCAGUACCUGUCCACGUUAAGGUCCCAGUACCUCAACCCUACACCGUUGAGAAGAAAGUACCUUAUGAGGUCGAGAAGCCAGUACCUUACCCUGUCAAAGUGCAUGUUGACAAACCAUACCCAGUCAUCAAAGAGGUGCCAGUGCCAGUAGAAAAAGAAGUACCAUACCCAGUCAAAGUUCCAGUCCCAGUUCCAGUGCACAUUCCUCACCACCAUCACCAUGAGUACGAACAGCAUGAACACCACGGCGGAUUUGAGGGGCAUCAUGAGUACCACUAGUUGUUGAUUAUCGUUAUUUUCCAGACCCGGUUUCUAUGAUUUACAGGUGAAUUUCAAUAAUUAGUGAUUGACAUAAUGGUUCCUGUGCCACCACAUAAAUACUGCAAAUACCAAACAAUCAACGUAGAUAAUGAAUUAUGAUUUUAUUUCAACCCUUUCCAUCGAUCUGCAAAAAAAAUACUCGCAUCUUGAGACAUACUCGAAAUGCAAAAUCUAUAGAAGUAUUUAUGUGGUAAUACAUUGACUAUUUUCUAUAAAAUACUCAGUAUAUAGUUAAAUUUUCUUGUACAUAUGCGUUGAAGAGCUGUUUGUGAUAGAGACUGUAGCUACCUUGCUAACCAAAAAAGUAGUACCUCGAAAUGAUGUUAAUUUCCUACUAAUGAUUUUUGUCUCUCAAUGUAUAUGUGUCGAUCUUCAUUAUUUUCUUCGUAGUGCCUUUAGAAACUGUCGCUUUAUGUUUAAUACUGUAGAUGUUUCUUUAUACAGAUGACACUACUUUUUUGGUUGGAAAUGAAAUGGGUAUUUUUUGUGAUAUGACAAAGCACAGAUAUCAUAGAUUUUGGAAUUUGUUGGUGUCAUGAUUGGGCAGGGUGCCACAUUAUUCGAUAUUGGUAGUUAGAUGGUAACAGAAAGAAAUAACUUUUAACAAAAGUUCGAUCAAGAGUCCGCGCAAUCAAUAUUCCUUUGCUCUGAUGUAUCAAGUUCAUAAUAUGGUCACUCAAAAGUUACACGAAUUUGGUUUUAUCAAUCACUUCAGUUUCCGAAAAUAUACAUCCUGAACGUAAGACAGGCAAGAAAAAGAUGAUUACCGAGUAUUACCGCACAAUAAGUUCCACAAAUACAUUUAUCAUCAUACAUUUAGCUUCUUUAAACUAAAUCACCUUAUUUUUUUUUCGCUUAACAUUUUCCGAUCAUUCGCCGCAGUUAGACAUCAUUUCACGCAUCACGCAUCUGAUUCACUAGUAGGCUUUAUGCUGUAUAGGUUCUACGGGUUGCGUUUAUUUCUUAUUGAAACUACAUAGUUGAAAUGCAGGAAAGAAUAAUUAGAUAAAAUAUGAAAGCAACACAUGUAACGCAUCGAGUAACAUGUAAUCAUCAAGAAUUGCACAAAAAUCAGCAUAGAUUAUGGAGCUCGAAUAUGAUGUAAGAAUCACUAAUAACGCUUCCCGUUAUUAAUUUAUUCGCAUAACUAUCUUCAACUUUUUAUUCUAGCACCGUGGUACAUCGCUUAUGUUUGUCUUCCAUUAGCAUAUCAAAAACUUUUACUCAAUAACUUUAGUACCAAUAACCGCUUCCUUAUAAAUGAAUCAUAAACUCGGUCUUCACAUUAUAACUCUCUUGAAGAUAGAUUUUUUUAAUUUAUUAUCCUGUAAAAUGUCUCAUGCAAUCUACUAUCCAAAUCUGAACUACACUAGUUAAUCAUUCAAUUAGACCAUUGCGACUUCCAUACUUGUCUAAAAUAAUCAAUAUCUAGUAGGUAUGACAGCUUCAGGCAAGAAAGAAUUCAAAGCGAAUAUUGCAUAUCAUCUACCACCGCAAUAUCUGAAGUUUAUUUGGUGCUUCACAGGACUCCGUAAAAUUAAAUAUAAUAAAGAGAAUCAUCCAUCAAAAUAAUUUGUAUUUAAUUUUGGGAAUGUGUGAAAUGGUAUGUCCAGUCAGUUAGCUAUGAGUUGCUUCACGAAGAGACAGAAUCUCAAUGACAAGUCCCAGUAGGAAUCAUAUUUAAUGUUGAGUCAUAAAAUAAGUCAAAGCGGCUUGCGAUCAGCAUCACGCAUGUAUAUGUAUAUAUGAUGGCUUGUGGUGAUACCAGUUUUCAUUAUGAAAAUUAACGUAUCAAAAACAAGAAAAUAUAAUAUACAAAAUAUAUAACAAGAUAUAACUGGGUUGUUGGAUUACGCUCAUAACAUCAUUCAGUAGUUGAGAUAUGAGAAAAGGCUUGAGUUUUGUGAGAAUUGUAUUCCAAAAAUCUAUGAAGUAUUGCGUAUGAUACCGGAAAGGUAUGCCGAUAUGAUUCGUUAGAUAUAGCGAUUAGCAGAGUGCAUGUAUAUUAACAAUUCGUAGACAAUUUUGAAUUCCACCUUACAUCACACUAAUUGGGUCGAUUGUUACAUACAAUUAUUUUUGUACUAUACUGUGCUUGUUACCAAGAUACGAACCAUAAAGUUUCUAUUUCGAAAUGUUUGUUAAUUCUCUCAUUUCCUUUUUCGCAAUAACGCGCGUGCAGUAUUAUUACUUAGAAACUGUGUUAAUUAAUAUAUAUUUAAGUAUCUUUUUAUAAUAAAAUAUUUUCUACGUAACUGAUUACCUUUCAAUUAUUUCAUCUUACGUUAUCGAAUAUUUAUUAGCCUGGUGUUUAAGUGAACAUGUCUUAUCUGUGAAGUUACACUUUCAAGAAACAAGUUUUGGUAGCUUACUAUCAAAGUGGUAUUUCUGCUGAUAGUAUAUACCUGUUAUAUUCGGAUUUUUGUAGGUGGUCUACGCUGUAUGUGUAUCUAUGUAUGGGAUAUAGUCAAUAGUUUUGAUAUUGAAUAUUUAACAAAUGGUACUCAUAGAAUAUAGAACAACUCCAGUGAAAUUGCUUCACAAUAAAAAAAACAAUAAAUGAUACUAUAUUUGCCAAGUAAGCCUUUGUAAUAGUGAGUCUGAGACCUGUUAAGCGUCGAGGCAAUGGAAGGUUAUAAUAACCAAAGAAGAACAUUAAAACUGACGUGAACAUGUUUAACAAACGUAACAAAGACUAGAAUGGAAGCGAUCUUCUCUACUCUAAAAGGUGUAAAACAGUUCGUCUGUAUAUGUAUAGUUAUAUUCUGGGUGUACAGUUAAAUAAUUCAAUAAGAAUUAAAUCCCUGAUUCUGAAACCAAAUAAGGAAUAAAAUAUCCAAUAAAGAAUUGCAAAACCUUAUGUUUACAUUACUGGUUUAGACAUCAUCCGUAGGAAUAAAUAUUGAUCCAUAAACUCAAUCAGCAGGUUUCUUCCUUUUCCUGCUAUUGCUGUAUAUCGUGAAUGAGAUCAUGUUCAUGUUUCAUACAACUAAUUCGCUCAGUGAUUUUCAAAAAUGUUGAACCCUUUUAUUUCCAUCGUCUGCUACUUUUAUUUGUACUGGUCGGCUGUACUUGGGUUCUAAAUGUGGGAAUUAACAACAGAAAGAGAUCCGAUGUUUUUGUAAACAAUUUUCAGAUUUCACUCCAUUCUUGUAUCACCUUCCUAGAAUCGGUAAAUAUUACUUAUUUCCUGUCAGUCAUGCUCAUCUCUAAAACCAAUCUCGGAAAUAAUCUUGAACAUUGUAUGGGAUAUACGAUUUCACAACUAUAGAAAUCGCUACCAGCAUAGCAUGGCGCAUAACUGACAAUUAACAAAUUGAAUGUUAGCGGACGCCAUAUGGUGCAUUUAUGUAAUCUCAAAUACGCACCUAUUAAUCGGUUCUAGAAAACCGAACAGAUCUAGCAUUAUAUUUACUUUCACUAGCGUAAUAAGAGCACCGCGGAUAUGUGCAAUACAUAUGUGCAUUCUUUGCCUUCACUUUCAAUAUAAGCCAGGAACAUCACGGCAGCUUUGUGGAAAAAGUUUGUUUUAUCACGAAGGUUGUGAUUGCGUGCUUUGAUGUAUCAUAGGGCAGGGUGAAGAAAUCCUUAGUCUUAAAUAACUCUGGAAGCAAGUGACACGCACAACUCUAACCCCAUCGCUAAUUUUAAGAUCUCCGAAAACGGAGACCAGAGGACAUGUCAGAGAUAUAUCACAUGGUGUCAUUUAACCUAACCUAUACGUAAAUCAAUAAUCAUAACAAU